AGCUCCGCCCCUGGACCUUCCCGUGUAUUCUAUUAACUAAAGAUCAAACUCGCGCAUUUUCUGCGUGCAAGAGCGUUGAGUUGCUGGAGGCAGGAAUGGAGGUGCAGGCAGGAGAAAGCCCAAGUUUUUUAAACAAGCCAACAGUGAACCCAGCUAGAGCGAGGCUGGGCUUCUGCGGCGCGGUGUUCAUCAUGCUGAAGUCCGCUCUGGGUGCUGGACUGCUCAACUUCCCCUGGGCUUUCUCUCGAGCUGGAGGAGUUCACGCUGCACUCACAGUGGAGAUCUUUUCUCUCAUAUUCCUCAUUAGUGGACUGGUGAUCCUGGGCUACUCUUCUUCCAUCAGUGGCCAGAGCACAUACCAGGCUGUGGUGGGUCAUCUCUGUGGGCCUGCUAUCGGCAAACUGUGUGAGCUCUGCUUCGUCUUCAAUGUCUUCAUGAUCUGUGUGGCCUUUCUGGUUAUACUGGCAGACCAGCUCAAGAAAUUGAGUCUUUCCAUGUAUGAGCUAAUCACAGGUUCAGCUGGAAAUGCGAUGCCUCAUCAUUGGUACACAGACCAGAGGUUUACUCUUUUCCUUGUGUGUCUCUUUGUUAUUCUUCCUCUCUCAGUUCCUAAAGACAUUUGGAUACAGAAGUAUACCAGCGCAUUAGGCACAGUAGCUGCCACCUAUUUGACUGUAGCCAUUCUAGUAAGAUAUUACACAAGAACAAUCCCUGAGGGCCUCCCAUCCCCUUCAUAUAAAACUGGGAUGGGCUUUUGGGCUUCCAUUUUCAGUGUCAUCCCCACUAUCUGCUUCGGCUUUCAGUGUCAUGAGUGCUCUGUUGCCAUCUACAGCAGUUUGGAGAAUAAGAAGCUCUCCAACUGGGUUAUGAUCUCAUUAUUGUCGAUGUUCAUCUGCUUUAUUAUCUACACGCUAACUGGGGUCUAUGGGUAUCUCACUUUUGGGAGGAAUGUUGCUGCUGAUGUUCUGAUGUCAUACAGUGGACACGAUGUCCUUAUGAUCAUUGCACGAUUACUCUUUGGGGUCUCUAUUAUCACCAUCUACCCCAUUGCUCUUUUACUUGGAAGGUUAGUGAUUCAGGAUCCAUUACUGCGGCACAGACAGAUACAGUCUUCUGAGACCUGCAUCAGAGUUGCCUUGACUGCAGUGUGGAUCAUCAUCACUCUUUUUAUUGCUCUGUUUGUUCCAGAUAUCAGCAAAGUCAUCAGCAUUAUUGGUGGCAUUAGUGCAUUUUUCAUCUUUGUCUUUCCAGGGCUUUGUUUAAUAUUUGCAAUGCAAUCUCAGUCAAUAUCAGGAAGACUAAGGUGGAUUUUAACUGCAUGGGGAAUGGUCACAAUUUUAUGUGGCACAUUCAUUUUUGGCCAGAGCAUUUUCUUUGCCAUUAUGCAGGUCUUCCAUAAGCUAUGAUUUCUGCUAGCAUUUGAAAUGCUACCUCUAAACAGAAAUCAAUUAACCUAAUUUUACAAUGCAUUGCUCAAUAGUGUUAAUUUCUCAAUGUAAGGUAUUGUAUUAAGCCUUAGUCUUUUGUAACUAUCAAUGUUUAUGUCUUUUUUUUUUACCCUUCUUGUAACCAGGGAUAGGCAGUAUUUAUGGUACAUGCACGUAUUUCAAUUACAAAAUAGGAUUUUGUCAUUUGUAUUUGAUAGGGUUGAUGAAAAUGGCUUUAAAUUUUUUUAUUUAAAUACUUCAGUGAUUUGUAUUUUAAAUUUUUUUUUUAGUUUUAUAGUUUUUAUAGAUUUAUAGUUUUAAAACACUGUAAAAUACUUUGUAAGAAGUCUACAUGAUAACAUCAUAAAAAUGCAGCCUCAGAUUGGUGCCUACUUAGUAGUUUGCCCAGACAUGCUCAAAUCAGAACAGAAAAUGUAUCCAUAUGGAAGAAGGUAUUCAAGGUAAAAAACUUGCUUUCAUACUGGUCAUUUAAUCAUUGUUGAAAUGCUAAAAUGUUUGUUUUCAACUUCCAAAUAGGUGUCCAAUGACUGAUAAAUAAAUAUUUGAUUGCUGAA